AUUUUCAAUGGUGGAAAAGUUGUUGCCAGGGACAUUGUUCCCAACUUAGAAAUCAGACAAAAAGGAGAGCAAGCUAUCUAUAUAUAUAUAUAUAGUCGAUUUACUUCUCCUAUAUAACUAAAGUUACUGGCUAGCAAGCUGCUACUCAUGAGUUUGUAAAGCAAAUUAAACGAAAAUGGAGUCUGCAGAAGAUGGUCAGAACGGGGGUGAGCUCCGUCAACCCAUCUUGCAGCCCAACCAGUCCGGGUUGCCGGAGCCGAUGAGCUCCGAGCUGGAAGAGAUUCUGUCGAACACCCAGAUAAGCCACUUCCGCCGCCUCCGUUCCGCCACGUGGGUGGAGCUCAGAAUCCUCUUCCGCCUCGCCGCUCCCGCCGUCGUCGUCUACCUCCUCAACAACGUUAUCUCCAUGUCCACCCAGAUCUUCUGCGGCCACCUCGGCAACCUCCAGCUCGCCGCCGCCUCUCUCGGCAACACCGGCAUCCAAGUCUUCGCUUACGGCCUCAUGCUGGGAAUGGGGAGCGCGGUGGAGACUCUCUGCGGGCAGGCCUACGGAGCACACAAGUACGAUAUGCUGGGCGUGUACAUGCAGCGAUCGACGGUGCUCCUGAUGGCAACGGGGAUCCCACUCACCGUGAUCUACGUCUUCUCGAAGCGCCUCUUGCUGUUGCUGGGGGAGUCGACUACGAUCGCCUCCGCCGCCGCCGUCUUCGUCUACGGCCUGAUCCCGCAGAUAUUCGCCUACGCCGCCAACUUCCCCAUUCAGAAGUUCCUCCAGGCGCAGAGCAUCGUGAGGCCCAGCGCCUACAUAUCGGUGGCGGUGCUGGCGCCGCACCUGCUCCUUACGUGGCUAGCCGUCUACAAGUUCGGGUGGGGCCUACUGGGAGCGUCGCUGGUGCUCAGCCUCUCCUGGUGGCUCAUGGUGGCGUCCCAGUUCCUGUACAUAGUGUUCAGCCGGAAGUGCCGCCGGACCUGGACCGGGUUCAGCCUCAUGGCGUUUACCGGCCUCUGGGAGUUCUUCAAACUCUCGGCGGCGUCGGCGGUGAUGCUCUGCCUCGAGACUUGGUAUUAUCAGAUUCUGGUUUUGAUUGCUGGGCUUCUCAAGGACGCCGAGAUCGCUCUCGAUUCUCUCUCUAUAUGCAUGACCAUAGCCGGAUGGGUUUACAUGAUAUCGGUGGGCUUUAAUGCAGCUGCAAGUGUGAGGGUGAGCAAUGAGCUGGGAGCCGGGCAUCCAAAAUCUGCGGCGUUCGCGGUGGUGAUAGUGAACUUGAGUUCCUUCCUAAUCGCCGUGAUCCUAGCCAUCGUUGUCUUAUUAUUACGCCACUACAUUAGCUACAUAUUUACAACUGGCACAACCGUCGCUGACGCUGUCGCAGACCUCUCCCCUUUUCUCGCCAUCUCCAUUAUCCUCAACGGCGUCCAACCUGUUUUGUCAGGAGUGGCGGUCGGGUGUGGAUGGCAAGCAUUCGUGGCGUACGUAAAUGUGGGAUGUUAUUACAUCAUCGGCAUCCCAGUGGGUGUGCUUCUCGGCUUCAAGUUCGAUCUCGGCGCUAAGGGGAUAUGGAGUGGGAUGCUAGGAGGAACAGCGGUGCAGACAGUCAUCCUAUUGUGGUCAACUUAUAAGACGGAUUGGAAUAAAGAGGUGGCGAAAGCAAAGAACCGUUUGGAUAAAUGGGAAGACAAUAAGGAGGAGCCUCUUUUGAAGGAUUGAAGAGAGAGAGAGAGAGAGAGAGAGAGAGAGAGAGAGAGCGUGGGGUUCUAAUUGGAUAUUGGCCGAGUGUUGGCUGGUGCACGUAUAUGGCUUGUCUUCCCACACGAUCAAGUCAUUAUUCAUGAACCCUCAAGCUCGAGCAGUACUCCUUUUUCAUUUGGCCAGCUAGCUACGUGGAUGAUCUUGUGGCGCACUCCACGCAUCAUUCAUGCAUGCAUGAGUUCCACGUACAAUUCCGAAUUGGAUUAUUUGAUUGGAGAGCAAAAUAAGAGUUUUUUCCCUA